AUGUUUCUUCUUCUUUUUCUGAUAUGGUUGUCUUUUGUGAAAAUUUGCUUGUUUAUGUUGGAAAUUUACUUAUAUUUUUUGUUUUCUAUUAGGUGUAUGCAUUUACUACGGGUUUUGGAUUGGCUUACUCACAACCUUCUGAUCCAAUUUAUGCCAAAAUCCCAUCUUACCCUCACUCUCAUUCUGCUAUAUGAACACUCGUUCACUCCCUCAAUGGAACAGAGAGAAAUUCCAUUCCAAACCCUACUGACACUCCACCAAUCCUCCCUCAAAACUCUGCUAAAAAACAAUAAAAGCACCACAAAAAAUCACACUAGAUUCUGCUUUUAA